AGAAGAAAAUGAUGCUCAAGAAAUGGCUGUUUUUAUUCACAGUCUUUACAUAAACAUGUUAGAAAGCCUUCAGACAGUAUUUGAUGUGGAGGAAAUGAUUUGACGAGGAGAAAGGACGGAAAACACAGCGAUUAUCAGCGUGUUCCGCUGUGAAUCGGUGCAGUUUUCAAGCUCCAGUAACAAAGUGCAGAGAGCCUCCGAGAUGUUUAUGAGCCGAACAUGAAGAGAAACAAGUCCGCUAUGGAGCCUCUUUACUGUCAGCCUGCAGCGCUGCUCCAACGCGGAGUUUUCACCAGUUUUAUGCCGCCGAGAAAACACAAACAGAAGCCGUCCGUGUUGCACAGAGCAGCCGCGGACAGGGCUGAGUCUCCACGGUUCUCAUGGUGUGUUUAAGGGCAUCCUGCUGCUCCGGUUUUCUCAUCUCUACACUCCGACUCUCGUUGUAGCGCCAACAAGGAAGGAAGGAAGGAAGAUGGCAGAAGUCGCUCCAGCUCCAGCUCCGGCCAAAGCGGUCAAGAAGAAGGCCUCCAAGCCCAAGAAGAGCGGCUCCAGCGUCAGCGAGCUGAUCGUGAAAACUGUGGCCGCCUCCAAGGAGCGAAGCGGCGUGUCGUUGGCCGCCCUCAAGAAGGCUCUGGCUGCCGGAGGAUACGAUGUGGACAAGAACAAAGCCCGCGUCAAGACCGCCAUCAAGAGCCUGGUCACCAAGGGCACCCUGGUCCACACCAAGGGAACCGGAGCUUCCGGCUCGUUCAAGAUGAGCAAGAAGGUCGAAGCCAAGGCUGCGAAGCCCGCCGCUCCUAAAGCCAAGAAGCCAGCCGCAAAGAAGCCCGCCGCAGUGGCCAAGAAGCCCAAGAAGGCGGCAGCAAAGAAACCAGCAGCGGCCAAGAAGUCUCCAAAGAAGGUCAAGAAGCCUGCAGCGGUGAAGAAGGCAGCCAAGAGCCCUAAGAAGGUCGCCAAGAGCCCUAAGAAGGUGGUGAAGAGCCCUAAGAAGGUGGUGAAGAAGGCUCCCGCAGCCAAGAAAAGUCCAGCGAAGAAGGCAGCUAAGCCCAAAGUCAAGAAGGCAGCAGCCAAGAAGAAGUGAGCUCCAUCCACAACAAACAUAAUUAACUCAACAAAGGCUCUUUUCAGAGCCAACA